UAGGGGGAUCCUGCCGCCUGCUGCGCUUGGGACCAGCGGCUGAAUUCUCCAGAGACCCGCAACUGCGCCCAGCCCCACAAGCAGAGGCUAUGAGGAUCCGGAUGAUUUCGGCUGCCUCCGUCCUCGUCCUGCUGUUUCUCCCGUCGGAGCAGGGCGCCCCGCUGGAGCGGCCCCGGGGAGCGGCCCCGCAGUUCGCGCUCGUCCCCGAUCCCGCCUGGGAACUGUGGCCGAGGAGACCGCGGCUGGGCGCCAAGACCCCGGUGCCUUCCGCGGGCCCCCCCUCGCUCCACAGACCGCUGGGGCCCUGCGGGGCCGGGGGCGCGGAGAGCCCCCCGGAGCUGCGAAGGAAGGAGCGGUCGCCCCACUCCUCCAGGCGGAAAGACGGCAGACCCAACUCCCUGGACCUGACCUUCCACCUGCUGCGGGAGUUCCUGGAGCUGUCCCGGGAGGAGAGCCUGGCCCGCAAAGCGCUGAGCAAUAAAAUGCUGCUGCGGAACAUCGGGAAGUGA